UCACCGAAUGCUUUGGUCUCUCCAGUUGGAGCCGCGCUGCAGAGAUCCGAAAGAACCAGCUAGCAUAGCAGUACAGCAGGCAGCGAAGGGCAGAGAAGAAACCAGAACGUAAAAAACUUUGGGAGGAGAAAAGAAAAUAAUGCGCAACUGUAUUUGAACAGUUUCCAAGGCUAGGGGGAGAGGGCGGCGACUACCAGUAGCUCUAACAAUCUGUAUUAUUAUUUUGUAUUAUGUCGCUACACGUAGACGACGAUAAUAGAUGGGUGCCGACCCACGUCCAGGUGACAGUUUUACGGGCUAAGGGCUUGAGGGCGAAAGGCAAACAUGGAACCAGCGAUGUGUACACCAUCAUCCAGGUUGGGAAGGAGAAAUUCUCCACCUCUGUGGUUGAAAAGACGACUUCUCCCGAAUGGAAAGAGGAAUGCUCGUUUGAGCUGCUCCCGGGGGUGCUGGAGGCAGACUGCAGGUCCGCUUAUCCCCCAGGGAGCAGCGAUCUGGUCCUAAUCGUGAUGCAUAGGUCGUUGAUUGGGCUGGAUAACUUUUUGGGGCAAGCUAUUAUUCCGCUGGAUAAAAUAUUUCAGGAGAAGAGCUCGCGGAAUAACGGGUGGUACAAACUGCACUCCAAGUCUGGGAAGAAAGAGAAGGAGCGAGGCGAGAUCCAGGUGACCAUGCAGUUCACUCGCAACAGCCUGACAGCAAGCAUGUUUGAUCUGUCCAUGAAGGACAAGCCCCGCUCCACACUUGGCAAAAUCAAGGACAAGGUGAAGGGGAAGGGGAAGAAGAGAGGAGAGGUGGAGUCUGCCUCAGCUGUCGUGCCCAGUGGGAUAGGGGUGCUGAGCGAGAGGGGGGGCCGCAGUACCAGCCAAGGGGAUGAGGAACAGGACGAUGAGGAGCACGUGGAGGGGAAGAGGAGUGGAAUGAGGGGCUUCUUCAAGAAGCCCAAGCUGCGCAAGUUGUCGGACAGCCGCUCCAACACGUCCCUGGCCUCAGGGAGCAGCAUGUCGUCCUCACAGGGGGGCAGUCUGAGCCCCACUGCAGGGAUCAGUGUGGUCGUGUCUGACCUCUCCAACUCCCCCAGCAUCAGCAGCAGCCUGGCGGACAGCCCCGUUCACACCAGCGAGCCUUCCCCAAAGCUAUUGACCCACAAGAGGGCAUUCAGCGACGAGGUGAGCCAGGUUAUCGUCAUGCCCCAGCCCAGAGAGGUGGAGAAACUGAAGGCCAAGGACAGCCCGCUCUCUAAGUCCUCCCUGUGCGUCAACGGCAGCCACGUCUACGCAGUGGACACUCCCACCCCCUCCACAUUGCCAAAGGUCACCCUGGGAGUGCUUCAGAAAUCCUCCACUCUCUCACUUUCCCUUCAGAACCUCACCAAGAAGAACGAGGAGACCCCCAAAGCUGAUUCAAUCACCCGGCGGUGGUCCCUGGACAAGACAGGCAAGCUGGUAGCGCCGCUUGGAGACCAGGAGGAUACCUCCAAAGCCACACCUGGGCAUAAAGAAGGCAAGCCAGUACAGAUCGCCACCCCGAUAGUCUCCAUGGCCAACGUGGAACCGAACAGUGAGAAGCACGCAGAGGAGGUGAAGAAAGAGGAACACGAGAAGCACAAACUGCACUUGUUCGGGGGGAAGAGAGAGUCGAAGGGCAAUGAGACGGUCAAGAGUGGAGACAAAAUGAGCCCCACUGGCCAGCACCCCGAUGAGAAGCACAGGGGCUGGUUUGGCACCAAGGAGGCCCAAAGCAAACCCAGCCUGGACGUGUCUCCUAAGGUAGAAACCAGCUCAGAUGCUCCCACUCACAUCUCAGCUUCCUUCCCUGUCUUAUCCUCUCCUGCUUCCGCUGUUGGUCCUGUUUCACUGGGCAGCACGCAUCACGUUAACCCCUUCACUCCUGCACUUGUCACCCCACCUUGCCAGUCCUCUACCAACCCCUUCUUCACCAAUAUCCAGAGUAACCCUUUCUUUGAGGAGCUGUUAGCUGACCAGGUGCUAAAAUCUUCCUCACCCACUCACUGUCUCUCCAGUUUCGCCCUUGAGCCUUCUCAUGCUACUUCCUCUUGGACUGAAGGUCCCCGUUCCCCUGUCGAUGAGUCAUUCCCAAAACCUGGCCCUGCAGAGGAGAAGCCCAGUGGUAAUGCUGUUAUCCCAGGACCGGUUCCAAUGCCAUUUCCGAGGGCCAACAUUCGGAUGCCAAGGCCUGUCAACACACCCUGUCCUUUGUUGGUCCCUUCCGAAAGUGAGACCACAGGGGACUGGGAAGAUUCAUUUGAUGCCUUCGCUGCCAGCAGGCUCAAGCCAGAGCAGAAAGGUAAGAGUACACCCAGGUCAACAGGGGGAUUGCUCCACUUGGCUGAGACAGGGGUUCUUUCACCUCUGGCGACAGUAGGCCCUCAAGAAGAUUCUUCCAAGUCACAGGAACUUGUUGAAACAUCGAAAUCAGAUGGUGUAGUGGAACAGCCUUUUGCACAAGCUAGCAACUCCAGUGCCCCACCCAUUCCUCUGCGCAGGUCAGUAAAGGCCAAUGUCAAGGACAAUAACAGAGGAAGCUGGUUAGAUAGGGCACAGGUGAUUGCAGUUGAGAAAGAAGCAAGCUUGCUUUCCCAAACAGACGGUGCAGCCAUGCAACUUCGGAAAGAAGGUGAUAGAGACAAGAGUCUACUGACUCCAUCACAGAACUCUGUGUUAAAAGCACCAGAAAAGGACAAUGUUUCUUUAACAGAAUCGAAUGUUAGUUUAAAUGAAGAAUUGAAAAACAAGGAAGGGUCUAGCACUAAUGAUGCAUUUAAAAGCAGUGAUGCUCUGGUGGAUACCGUAGAAGCUGUAUAUAAAGAUCUUGUGGCAGAAGUGAGUCAAUCCACAAAGUCUUCUCUGCCAGAUGAAAAUAGCCCAAGAUAUAUGGGUACGUGUUCAGUAGCAUUCAUGUCUAAAGCUAUGCAGGGAACGAAUGAAGAUUUAGACAAGCUUGUGAAGCAGUUGCCUUCACAGACGCAGAACACAGCCAUUGAAACACCUAGAAGUGAUCCAGACAAUUCUAAAGAUCCCUCUGCCUCCACCCAUGAAGUAGGAACCAGUGAGGUAUCAGGAAGUGAAGCAGAUAGUGGCACAAGGAGCUUAUCAGAACCGGAAGGUAGUAUUAGCGUGUCAGGGAGCGACCUAGAUAUUAAUGAAAAUAAUUUUAAUGGCUCAAACCAAAAAGGAUUUGAAAGCACAGGAAGCAAAACAGAUAGUGGAACAAAGAGCCCUACUUCUUCUAAGCAGGACCAACUUGCUGGGAUAUCAGGAAGUGACACAUAUUGUAGGACUAGCAAAUCAGAUGGGUUGGUUCCAGAAUUUUUUAGUAAUAGUUCAGAAUCUAACGCUAGUAACCCAGUUGGCUCAUUCCCAGAGGUUAUCAUUAAUACACAUGAUGCUAACAAACCGUUUGGAUUAUUUUCUCAUGUUUUUACUAAUGCACCAGAAACUAAUGAUAACAAGUCAAUCAGUUUGCUCGCCGAUGUUUGUUCAAAUACACCAGAAACUAACGCUGGCAAGCAAAUGCACUUGUCCCCGGAAGUUUUUACUAAUGCACAGCAGACUAAUGCUAAUUCAAAUGUCUCCCUUCCUGAAAUAUAUACUAAUGCAUCAGGAAUUCAGAUAGAUAGCAGUAUCAGAGGAUCGUCGGCCAUAACGGAGAAAUCUGUUGCUGAAAGAGAUCAAGAGAAUAAUGCUAGUUCACUUGUCUUGACUCAAGAAGUCAAACUUGCAAGUCUGGUGGCUGACAGGCAGGAUACUUCCAAGAAAGUGCUUGCUGUGAUAGAGGAAGUCACUUCUGACUUUCUCGGUGGCAGACCAGCAGUUAGCGUUCGUAACAGGACACUUUCUGAGAAACCGAAUCUUUCUCCUUAUGUGCCUUCAGCGGCUGUGGAGAAGUGUUCAGCCGAAACCUCUGGACUGUUGACUCAUGGGUCCAUCACAAACGGUGGCAAUUCAAAACAUGAUGGCAUAAACCUGCUCUUAGACAAACAUGCUAAUAAUGCUGUGCCAUUGGAACCUGAGGCUAAUGUUGAAAAAUCUGUAGAAGUUGCACCAGAUUUGACAGAGGGAAAGUUCUUCUAUGAGUCCAAAAAAUUAGACGUUGACCCAGGUGAUGGAGCUAAUAGUGGUGAGCAGCAAACUGGAAAUGCAGAUAACUUGCCGCUGAUUGCAGUUGCACCACCACCAAAACCUCCAAGAGUUGUCGCUGAGCUUUUUUCAAACAUUCCAGAACCGAGUCCAAGCUCACAGGAAGUCAAAUGCAAUGUGGUAAAGAAGGAUGUCUCCAGGCUUGAAAAAGAAAACUAUUCUGGGAUGGUGGAGGUUGAAGAUUUGAUUAAAAAGGAGGAAGAUAAUUGUUCAUUUGCAGUUCUUUUAGACUCUUGCAGCAGAGCUGAUGAAGUUCUGUCCAGUGAAAUACUGGGUGCAGAUAGAUCUCAGUUGAAACCAGGAAAUAUUACAAAUACAAACCUAGAGUCUCCUGGGUAUGGAAUGGUAAACUCAAAAGAGGACACAGAAUUAGAGCAAUACAAGACAUGCAAGUCAACAUUUUCUUUGGAAGGAUUAGACCCAACUCCAGACACAGACGGCAACAUCAGACCAAUGUACCCAGGUGAAUCCAAACAACCUUUUAGAUUAGAGAUGGGCAGCACCAAUACAGAGACAAAAUCAGACUUUGCAGGACAGACCAAAGUGAAUUCAGGAAAGAGCUCCCAUAUCAAUCUUGAUUCCUCUCAGAAGAAGGAUGAGACUGAGCAAUCAGAGACAUUUCAAAGUAUUACACAAAAUGCAAAAACUAUUACAGACAUAACAUCAGAAAACCCAGUGAAACCACAGCAUGACAUUGACGCACCUCUCAUCCACUGCAGUGGGCUUGGAGCCAUGUCUUCCAAGUCACCAAUCAAAGCACAGGAAGCAACACUUCCCAGCCAGUCUCCGGCCGCUAGUUGGUUCACGUCCAGUGUAUCUCAAGAUAUGGUAGUAGACCUAAAGAGUGAGGAGUUUUGGAGGCCUCAGCGCGAAGGCCAGCAGAAACGACACAGUAUUGGCUCUCCCUUUGAAAAUCCCUUUAAACAGUUUAUGUCCCUCAGUGGCAACCCCUUUGUGCAGACACCCUCUUCCCAAUGCCAAUCCUCGGAGCAUUACUCCUCUUCGAUAUCCUCCGCUCAGAGAGGGAGCUUCAAAGACCUUCACAUGAGGGUGGCACCGCAGUGUGUGCGCUCAAGCAGCCUCCCAGGGGAUCAUUUCUUCAGGUCCUUCCUGCAUGAAAGCAAUCCCCUGGCCGCUUCCACCCCCUCCCUUGUGGCUGCGACUAACUCCAGGUUAACCCACCUCCCCUCCCCCAUCCUGUCCUCCUCGACUGUGGGGCCACCAACAGCGAUCGCCCAGGCAGCAGCAGCCGCUGCCCCCUCCUGCCCUCCACCGCUCAUGGUUUUGCCCGAGGAGACACAGCCAGCUGAGAGCACCCCGCUGGGUCACGGAAGCAGCCCUCACCCGGUGAAGCCCCUCAGCUCCUCGGCCCCGCAUGAUGAGAAGAGACAGGACGGCAGCUCUACUCCAGUCAACGUGCUUGAGAAGCAGAAAUCCACUGUGCAGCCUGUGCACAGCACCCUGCAGGGACAUCAUGACGCAGAGGGGAUAAAGGCCCUGACAUCCCCAGACCGUGCUGCCCGCUAUUAUCACCUCACCCACGAUGAGCUUAUCGCACUGCUGCUGGAGCAGGAGGCAGAGCUAGAUAAGCGAGGGGCGGAGCUGCAGAAGUGGACUGGUAAGGUGCGCGACCUGGAGGAGUACAUCGACAGGCUGCUGGUGCGCAUCAUAGAACAGACGCCCACCCUGCUGCAGGUGCCUCAGGGCAAAUAGACAGGGAUCCCCCCUGCCCUGCCCUGCCCCACCACACAAAACUACAGGCUUCACUAACAAACACAGGCACGCACCACCAGCACUGCUGAUGACAGAACUGCAUUGCAACACCUUGGCCCUAGGCAGUGCAUUGAGUGUACAUGUUCCACUUUCUAUCCAUUGAAGAUCAUUCCAGUGCUGAUUUGGUUGAGCAGGCUGGCCUAUGAAAGUGAAGUUGGCCUUUCAGACAUGCAUGCACACUUCCAAUGAGGCUCUGCCCCCAUGCUGGAUUUAGAAAUACAGGAAUGUUUCGUGCACCAUGAGCUAUAAUGUACCCACAGUGAGAAUGCCAAAACACCAGAUGCCUGAUGCUCGGAGCAAACUCAGAUGAUAACUGAGGUGGCAUCAGACUUCACUGCUUUAACUACCUUUGCUCCAUAGAGUGCUUCUGCUGAAUCCAUGGUCUGAUUGGAUAUCCUCACUUCGGUAUUAAUGGCUUCCAGUUUUGCCCCAACCUUUCACUGAAAAACGAUUUUUUAAUAUGAUUGUAAUGUGCACAGGAAUAGCCUUGGGGGUCGGUCCUGUCUAAGAGUGUGACAUCAUACGAUCUCCAUGGAGGGUUGGUAUCAAAUGUACAGCUGUGCUUCAAAUUAGAUCUUCUGCCAAAAAGAUUAUUCAGUAGAGUAGCUGGGGUUCCACAGGACAAAUGUUAAUCAAGUUGCUCAAUUCCUGUAGAAAUAAGUAUGAAACUGCUUGUGAGAAACUUUAAACAGCUGAGAAGAAAGCAGAAGUUGGAAUUACUGAGUUAUUUUACCAGUUGUUGCUGUUGUAGGUUGCAAGGAAUAUGUAAUAUAUGUGAUCAUAACUGAGUAAUUUUAUACAAAUUGUGGUGGCAAUAUUGAAAACUUCAUAUGACAAUUCUAACGUAUAUAUGUUAUUCAAUAAAAAAAAGCUAAUUGUAUAUAAAGACUUAAAACAGGACAGGGCUACUGGCUCUGUGACCUUGCUGAGCGAAAAUAAUUGUGCUGCGCUUGCAUAUACUGCAGCCAAUGAAAAAUGCCUGCGCACCUCUGUAUUGUGGACAUAGAUAGGCAAAUGCCACCAAAACAGAGUUGUGGUAUUGAUCACCCAGUGUGAUUUCUGCACUAUUGGGGCCAGAUGCACCUCUCUCUUCCUGCUGUCACCUAUUUCUGUAUCUGUGAGUAUCUUGCUGAGAUGUGCCUGUAUCUGUCUAUCUAGCUACAUUUUUUAUACCUGUUUGUGCUAAGUUUGCAUCAUUUAUACAUACCUGUGUCUUUUUAAUUACUUCUGUUUUUUGUGUAUGAGUGCAGAAAAAAUGAUGGAUCAUCAUGGCUUUGCUGCAACAGUUUUUAAUCUAACCAUCGGUCCCUUUGAUGCGACUGGUUUUCCAUGUUACAGAUGAGAGCAGAUGAGAGGGUGUAUAUUGAAUAGAGAUCCUGCCUCUGCUUUCUUAUGUCCUUUCUGCGACGAAUGAUACAGCUUGACAUUAAUGAUGUCAGUAUACAUACAUUGAGCUGGUUUAGGCAACAUAGAAACAGCCAGAGCUGGAUAAGUGCCAUGGACCGAAUACCAAAGGCCUUAUGCUACUGUGUUUUUUCUAUUUUUUUUAUUUUUUUUUUGUUAUUUGAUAUAUUUUUUAUGUCUGUGUGUGGUCAUUUUAAAGGUGCCCUUAAGGGAACAAUUAAGAAAAAUAAGAUUUAAAAUUAUUAAGCUUAAUCGUCCCAUCCCGUCCCCACCCCCCCCCCAAAAAAAAGUUUGUAAAUAUAAAAAAGAUGUAUAUAUGAAUAUGUGAUGAGCACUAUAACUGUAGUAUUGUUUCUCAAAGUAUGGCGCAAUGUGUACCAAUAAUCUUUCCAGGAACUUUAAUAUGUAAUUAUGAUGCCACCAAAAACCAAGUUCAAAUGGUGUUUCUCCUUGAGAAAUCAUCAGAAGUAGUGCUCUGCCGGUCCCUGGUUUGACAUGAACCCUUUGUGCAGUUCCUCAUUUUGGGAUGACCGGAAAGGUGAUGAGGUCCUAGCGUGGGUCGGCUUGUGAGAGGGGUGUCUCUAGGCGAACCACAGGCUAACAAUCUGCUUUGAACGGGUGGUUUCAUUCUUGGACAGCCACCCCUAUACACGCCUUUUCCAUGAUUCCAAAUCAGCGUCCUUUUGCAUAGCAUGCACCCAAGCCCUCCAAGCUGCCGAAACAAGCAACAACAAACACUGUGACAGGUUUUCUUUAGCCUUCAGUUGUGGUUAAACAUCCACAGGUAACGGCUUUAAAAGGUGUUAAUUCAUAGGUCUGUUUAUAAUUGUCCUGGCAUUGAGAUAAUAUGCCACUUCUUCCCUGGUUUGUCUUUUACUUGCCUUGCAGGGGGAGCUGCUGCUGCUGUAAAUGAUGCCAAUAAGUGUGGAUAGUGCAAUAUAUAUAUUGUAUUAAAAAGGCAGCGCUUUCUAUUCCAGUUUUCUAUAUAAUGAAAAGGGUGUUGGCUUCAUGUUUAUUUAUAGAUAUGCAAUUAACCUUUUUUGUGUUAAUAAAAUAAUUAUAUACAAGAAAAAGCACUUUUAAAAUAAUAAUAAUAAUAAAAAAAACCUCACGGUCAAGCCGCUUUUACUACUGAAUUUUUCUCCUUCAGCAUAUUUGGUUCCUGGAGAGCUGAUCUGCACCCCUGUCAAUCACAAAGUUUACAGUGUUUCAACUUGUUGAAGGCAAUGCUUUUCACGCUACAGUAUUUUAUACAUUUGAUUUCCUCCAAUUGAUUUUUUUCAGUACGUGUUUUGACAGAAUUAUGGGUCUUUUAAUAUUUGUAUAUUCAAGAUCUAUUAAAGGAGUUUAAGUAAAUCAAGAAUUGAUACAGAAUGUAUAACAACAAUAAACAGACCGAGAUAAAACAGUAUUGCGUAAUAAAAUACCCAUGCAAACAUGUAGUAACAGCCCUAUUUACAAACUCAAUAUACAAGCAGUGUAUAGGCUUGUGUAAAUAUAGUUUAUUUUAUGUUGUUCAUUUGGUUUGCGUUGCUUAAUUGCACUACAUAGGAGUACACAAAACUGUACCUUGCAUAUAUCACUGUGUAAAACAUAGAUGCUUAUAUAAUGUCUUCUUAAUAUGCUGUACCUAUCCACAAUGGUAAAAUAACCCAGAGCUCUGUUUUGCCAAACUUUAUGAAUUUGGCUCCAUAGUUGGUUGGAUGGAGGGAUGUAUUAGUUGACCCUUUGAAUUGUUCAGUUUCCCAGAAUUCCACUGUUCUGUUUACCUGUUUCUUUGUUAUUAUUAGUUAUGGCAUGGAGUUUAUCUGCACAGAGAUGUAUAUGGAAUUAUGCACUGUGAUAUGUAAAAUAAUAAUAAUAAAAAUAUUGCUUUUCUAA